AUGAACGCCCCCAAGAAUCAAGCCGCAUGGCUCGUCAAAGCCGGCGAGCCCCUACAGGUCGGCGACGCCCCCAUGCCCAUCCCCGGCCGUAAUGAACUCGUCGUCAGAAAUGCCGCCAUCGCCAUCAACCCGCUCGACACGCACAUGCAAGAUGCGGGUGUCUUCGUCCAGCAAUGGCCCGCUAUCUUUGGCUGCGACGUCGCCGGGGAAGUAUAUGAAGUAGGCUCUGAGGUGCAGCGUUUCAUGAAAGGGGACCGCGUCAUUGGACAUACCAUCAACCUCGUCAGUGGCCGCCCCCAAGACGGCGCCUUCGCCUUGUACACAUGCAUCCCCGCCGACAAAGCAGCCAUCCUGCCCGACGGCAUCUCCUUCAUCGACGGCGUCGUGGUGCCCUUCGCGCUGGAAGCAGCCGUAUGCGUGCUUUCCGUCAAAGAGCCCGGCGAGGCACUACCCGGCGUGCCUAUCCCGGCCCUCAGCCUGCCGUACCCGUCGCUGCAGGACACUGCCCCGUCCUCUAGCAAGACUCUCGUUGUAUACGGCGGCUCAUCCUCCGUCGGCUCCAUGGCGACGCAGCUAGCCACCGCCGCGGGGAUCACUGUGCUCUCCAUCGCUGGGAAGCAGAACUUCUCCUUAGCCAAGCGCUGCGGCGCGGCCGAAGUCUUCGACCACGCGGACCCUUCAGUCGUCGACAAGGUCAUAGAAUCCCUCACCAAAUCCCGCCACUCCUUCAUCGGCAUCUUCGACGCCAUCAGCACACCCUCAACCUACGCUCACGACUUAGCCAUCCUCGCCGCCUUGGGCGGCGGCCACCUCGCCUGCACGCAUCCCCCGCCCGCCUCUGUGCCCGCCAACGUAAAGGCAGGCAUGAUCUUCGCCGUCAACGACGUCGCGACGCCGGUCUGGAGGGACUACGUCGCGCCCGCGUUGCAGGCGGGGAAGCUGCAGUGCCUUCCGCUGGCUACCGUUGUUGGCAAGGGAUUGGAGCACGUCCAAGAGGCGCUGACUAAGUGUAAGGCGGGUGUGAGUGCGACGAAGCUGGUGGUGGAGUUG